AUGGAUUCCGAGUCGGUCGUCUCGCAGGUCCAGCGCAAGAUCGAGCUCCAGAGCCCCGAAGAUCUCGCUUACCUCAUCACCAACGUCCGCAAUGCGGCGGUCGAGCACCUCAACGAAGCGUUUCCGCCGGUCGAGGGCGCCGAGGAGGAUGAGCUGCGCAUCCAGAUCGAGUUGCUCGUGAAUGAGUACAUCAACAAAACCUUUUCGCUAGCCGCGCCCAACCUCAUCAUCAACGGCCUUCCCGUAUCGCCCGACGUCCUCCGAGGCUCCGCGUCGGCGCCAGACACCGUCUACGAGCCCUUCGACACGCGCAAGCGCCGCCAGGUCGCCGACCUCAUCACGCAGGAGGAGAAGCUGCUCGAGGACGUGGCGGCGCUCAAGCGCUCCGUGCCCGCCAAAGUCGCCGCCGACCACGCCGAGCGCGUCCGCGCGGCCAUGCGGCAGGACGACGACGACCUCCACGACCGGGUGGCCAGGGACGCUGCCGCGGCGCAGCGCGAGGCCGGCGCGCUGGGGGUGGCCCAGCUGCAGCGCCAGGAGGGCGUCGAGGCCGGUUUCCAGAGCGCCGUUCAGGGGCUGAACCGGCUCAAGAGGGACAUGCCGGCCGUCGUGGCCAAGAUGGAGAGGGCGAGGGUCGCGGGCGAGUACGUCGUCACCAAGGGGCGGUGA